AUGGUGAUUGCUGGAGCUGCCGAGCCGUCGCCAGAGCGCGCUGCCGCCUGGUCGGCUGUGGUCGCCACGCCCCAUUCGGGCCCCGAAAAGGUGACCACAGCGACAAAGCCCCCUCUACCGCAGGCUCCGAAGCCCGUGUCAGCAGUCUCUGAAACGAUUCUUCCCCUCGCACCCGCGGCUCCCCUUGCCGCUCCCGAGUCCGGCCCGUCUGCCCCUGUUGCUGUUCCGUCCGGUCUGGCUGCUCCUCCUGCACCCCCUCCCGCUGCUGUAGAACCGUCUGUUCCUGCCCCUGGUCCCGAUCCUGCGCCACCUGCGUCGUCUGCUCCCGUCGUUGCGCAGUCUCCCCCCGGCGUUCCUGCUGCGCUACCUGCCGCUGUUGUACUCCCUGCGGCGAUCCCCGCCGUUGCGCAGUCGCUGCUGGCGGUGUUCGCCACCACUGGCGGCCCGGCUCCCUUGGUUGCGCCCUCAGCGGCGGGUCAGUCCGCGCCUGCUGUGGCACCGAUGGCCCUGGCAGGCCAGCCGUCACGACCCCAGUCACCUGACCGCCGCCCGUCUCGUCCUCAUUCCCCUGCGCCACACCAGGAUCGCCGGUCGUCUCGUCGCCGCCGUGAUUCUCCACGGCGUUACCAGCAGCAGCCUCACUGGCCUGCUCACCCCGGUGGUCAGGGGGACUGGAGGGGUUCCCGCGGGCGCGGUGGUGGUGGGGGGUACCGCCCGCCGGUGACGAUGGCAGAUCUUCAGCGGGAGGUGUCGAGGGCGGUACGCGAGGAGAGGGCGUCGCAGAGCCAGAGCAGUUCGAUGCGCGCCUCGCCGGCCCUUGAGGCUCCACGCCAGCCUGUGCUCCCCUUGAGUCCGCCGCCUGUCGCCGCACCCCCUCCUCAGGUUCACAUCCCAACGGCCUCUGCACCCGCUGCGUCGGCGCCCGCCCCUGGAGCGCGUCUUCGCUUGCCGCCGGUUCCGCCUGUUGCGGGGGUGGCCGCUGACCAGCUCGCGGUGCUCCUGGCGCCCGUGCUGGCUGCGCCCGCGGAGGGAGGCGCUGCUGCUGCGGGACAGCUUGACGAGGCUGUCCGGGGCCUGAGGCGGCACUUGCGCGCUGGAUCUGGAGCCGCGGCGAUCGGCGCAAGCACGCUUGUGGUCCGGGAGCUGUGGCGCUCCCUGACGGGCAUUCUUCACGCCCUUGGAGCGCACCGCAUGCAGGCGCGGGCUCCGGUUGCCCCAUGGUCGCUUUACUUGUCUAGGCAGACGUAG